AUGGCCGAACAAACUCCUCGCAUCAACGCCUCCUACUUGGAACAAUUCACCCACCGUACAGUCCGCAUCCUGGGCAAGGUCACACAACUCAGAGGCGAAGAAGCUACCAUCGAUGCUGGCGGUCAGAUCAAUGUACAUCUCAAUAGAGAGUCACAUCUUUCUGUCAACCACGCUGUUGAGAUCAUUGGCAAGGUGCAAGCAGACUUGAGCGUCCGCGUUCUUACCAGCACAGACUUUGGCGACAACAUCGACUUCUCACUCGCAGAUGCAGUGGUCGAUGCAACACACCGCUACAACGAGAUCUUCUACACGAAAGAGUGA